AUGUUCAGGUAUUUGGAUUGGUCACAGGUUGCUGAGCCCCAGAACCCUGACUCGAAUAAGGUCUUUGGCUCUGCUAUUGUUGACCCUAACGCUGGUUUCGGCGGCAAUGGUGACUACAUUGCUCCAAACAACCAGACGAACCCGUAUAACGUUACCAGCAGCACUGGUGGUGGAUGCGACCAAGACGUUCUAUUCGUACUGACUAACUUUAUGCUUAACUUUUUCGCGAGAGAUUGUCUGAGACGCGACUUCAAUCCCAGCACCAUGAACACCUGGGCCGAUCUCAAAUCAGUGAAAGACGUGCUUGCGCAGAAAGAUUGUAUGAAAUGUCAGGGCUAA